AUGAGCGUCCACGCCCAACCUGGAGACAAAGUCGUGCUCGCCUACAGUGGCGGUCUCGACACGUCCAUCAUCCUCAAGUGGCUCACGAACAAGGGCUUUGAGGUCAUUUGCUACUGCGCCAACGUGGGCCAACAAGGCGAAGACUAUGAAAAGGUCCGUGCCAAAGCCCUCUCGCUCGGGGCCAAGAAGGUGUACAUUGAAGACCUGCGCGAAGACUUUGUCCAGCACUACAUCUUUGAAGCGGUCAAGGCCAACGCCAUCUACGAGUCCCGGUACCUGCUUGGGACGUCCUUGGCACGGCCAGUCAUUGCCAAGAAACAAGUGGAGAUCGCCAAGGCCGAGCACGCCAAGUACGUGGCUCACGGAGCCACGGGCAAAGGCAACGACCAAGUGCGGUUCGAGCUCUGUGCCCAAGCUCUGGACGCUCAACUCAAGACGAUCGCGCCAUGGCGUGAUGCCGAGUUCAUUGAGACGUUCAAGGGACGAGCUGACUUGAUUCAGUACGCCAAAGAGCAGGAGAUCCCGAUCGAUGCGACCCCGAAAGCUCCUUACAGUGUGGAUGAAAACCUCUACCACACGAGCUACGAGGCCGGGAUGCUUGAAGACCCCAUGACCGCUCCAAUGGUCGAGAUGUUCAAGAUGACGGUGGACCCGAAGGAUGCACCGGAUGUGCCCGAGCAGAUCAGUAUCCGCUUUGAAAAGGGCAUCCCAGUUGGCGUGACCAACUUGACGGCCAAGACGCCCGAGCUCAAGGGCGCUCUGGAGCUCUUCUUGGAGCUGAACAAACUUGCGGGAAAGCACGGGGUUGGCCGCAUUGAUAUUGUCGAGAACCGGUUCGUCGGUAUCAAGUCGAGGGGGUGCUACGAGACCCCUGGAGGGACGAUCCUUCGUCACGCCCACCUGGACCUCGAAGGGUUGUGCAUGGACCGAGAGGUCAUGAAGGUGCGCGACGGCCUCUCGGCCAAGUUUGCCGAGUUUUGCUACAAUGGGUUCUGGUUUGCGCCCGAGAUGGACUUUGUGCGCCACGCAGUGGAUUACUCCCAGCAGAACGUGACGGGGUACGUGAACCUCGAGCUCUACAAGGGCAACGUGACGGUCAUUGGCCGCUACUCGGACGAAGCGCUUUACAGUGCGGAUCUUGCCUCGAUGGACCAAGAAGGAGGUGGCGACAACUUUGACUACAACCCCGCGGAUGCGCAAGGCUUCAUUCGCAUCAACGCGACGCGUCUCAAGGCCUGGCGAUGCCGUCCGCAGCCAAAGAAGUAG